AUGAAGAUGAACGACACUAACUUCUCAGGAGCAGCAGACCAUUUCGCCGGAACCAAGGCGUUAUACAAAAUUUUAUUCGUUGUCUUUGAUGGCGUCAGCAUCGGAGGUAAUCUCGCAGUCAUUCUUACUAUUCUUCUAAACAAAAACAUGCGCUCUGGUGUUUUCUUAUUGCUUUGUAAUCUUGCAAUAUCAGAUCUUCUCUUUGCGAUGUUAGCACCAUUUCACUUCAAGACGCUGAUGGAAAACUAUCACUGGCAAUACGGAGAGAUAUUUUGCAAAGUAUAUUUUCUCUCUUAUCGCUUGUUGUACGCUGUUUCAAUGUUUAACCUCAUGGUGAUAACUGUCCAGCGUUUUCGUGCAACCCGGUACCCAAUCGCCUUCCGUUUUAAAUCAGGAAGAACAAGCUUAAUUAUUGUAACAUGCUGGAUCCUGGGUGUGAUUAUUUCUUCACCAUUUUUCUUCGUAAUGAAAUACACGAGAGAAGGCGGUCAUAACAGUUGCUACCAAGAAUGGCCUAACGAUGAGACUAAACGCGCAUAUUACUUCAGCAUUUACAUCCUUAUGUAUAUUUUGCCGUGUUUUUUAAUGGCGGUGCUGUACGGAAUCAUGUUUGUGAUACUACGUAAACCUCCGAUUGGAGACGAAAACGAAACGCAGCGAAGACAUUUAGAAAAGAGGAAAAGAAUUCGUUUAUCAUUGGAAUUAUAGUUGGGGUUUUUCGUUUGUUGGACGCCAUAUAAUAUCUUGGAGUUCAUUCAAGUGAUGGAUCUACAAUCAGGGACUCGAAUUGCAGCAGGCUACAAUUACUCUAUUUUGGCUGUGCUAUUGAGCCCACUUUUUAAUCCAAUCUUAUUGAGUUUUAUGUCCUCUGAGUUUCGUAAAGGUAUCAAAACUCUCUUCCAUCGUUGUUCUUGCCACGAUUGUGGUAGUUUUAACGUUAACGACAUCGGGAGUAUUACAACACGGAAUCAUGAGAUAUAGAGAUUGGGAGAUACAAUUCUAGUGCCAGUGCCACAGUACGCCCAAAACAAACAAGAGGAGGGAAAUUUGAACCAAACUUUAAUAUUCAUGUAGUAGAUGUUAUAUUUACAUAGUCUGGGAUAAAUCAAGGGUAAAAUGUCCUGAAUAUUUUUCCACGGAACAAGCAAUAUUGACAUUUGCAUUAUAUUGAAAAUUAACAUUUCCACCAAAAACACAAGGCUUACCUAGAGAG